GGAUGAUUCAAGCUGCUUGUGUCACAGAGCCCGUCUCUCAUUUAAACUUUUCUGAUGAGGCGACGGAUUCAAUCGUUUGUGAUUCGCGAAUCGAUUCCCAAAGAGUCGAUCCAAAAGAACCGGUUCACUCCCAUAUCCCCAUAUCUUGCGUUUGGCAUUGAUGUGACGCCUGAGUUGCGAAAUCUGGGAAAUCUGCGGUUCAGAGCAGCUCAGAGGUUGAGGAAGAACAAUGUUUCAUCUUCCUCUUUAUCUCCUGCUCACCAUCACUCCCUUGGUUCCAUUUUCAUUUGCAGUAAAUAAGGACCUCCACAGCUGGAGUGGCAAUAACGUUCCUCUGCUUGUGGACAGGAACACGGUGCAACUCCCGAGCCCCACAUUCAGUGAUGGAAAAUCUGGAGAAUUGGUUGCAGUAUGUGGGAUCGCGUGCCAGAGGAACCUACCAGAACCUGGAACCACGGAACUGGAGCGUCUCCUCGCCUACGAGACGUUUUACGAGAACGGAACUCGGACUCUGACAGAGGUGGAGUUGCAGGAUGUGAGGAACACCUCGUCCUCCUCUCUCGCCGUUCUCUCACGCAGGAAACGGGAGGUGUAUGGCACAGACGGGCGCUUUGUCAUGGCAGACAAGCGCUUCGUCACCAACUUCCCAUUCUCGGCAUCAGUGAAGCUUUCAAUGGGGUGCUCUGGGAUUUUAGUGUCGCCCAAACACGUGCUGACAGCGGCACACUGCGUCCACGACGGUCGUGGAUACCGAAGGAGGUUAAAGAGGUUGCGUGUGGGUGCGAUGAGGCUAUGGAGAAACACUGGGAGGAGGAGGAGAAACAAAACGGAGGGAGAAAGUAAGAGGAAACAGAAGAAGAGAAAAGGAAAGAAGAGGAAGAAUCGGAGCAAGCAGAAAUCCUUUGAAAAUUCCAAGCAGGAAUUUCCACGGCUCCGGUGGACACGUGUGAAGCAAACGUACGUACCACGAGGCUGGAUAAGCGACGUAGGAAAGGAGGUGACGCUCGAUUACGACUAUGCCCUCCUGGAGCUGAAGCGCAGCCUCCCGAUGAAGCACAUGGAUUUGGGCGUGGUCCCACAUGUCACACGGAUCCACUUCUCCGGUUUCGACGAUGACCACGCGGGGAAGAUGGUGUACAGGUUCUGCUCGGUGAUGCAGGAGUCCGGCGAUCUGAUGUACCAGCACUGUGACGCACAGAGAGGCUCAAAUGGUGCAGGAGUGUACGUGAGACUCCGUAAGACACCUACGAAGGCUGAGGGGAAAUGGAGGAGGAAAGUGAUCGGCGUGUUUUCGGGACACAGGAGCGUGAAGGAAGGGAACGGCACACACGUGGACUACAACGUAGCGGUGAGAAUCACGCCGGCAAAGCUCGCCCAGAUUUGCCUUUGGAUCCACGGAGAGGCCAAGCAGUGCGCUUCAAACUGAGACGACACCGUCAAUGUCGAGUGCUAAAAUUUCUUCCAGGUGAAAAGCAGAAUUUAUGCAGUAUUCCACUUUAUCACAAAUGCAGUCCAUCAGCCACAUCUGUAUUCUGUUCUUUAGUUAGUGCACAUUUAUACGUUUAAACGUGAAAGUAGAAUUACAUCAACAUCUUUAUUACUUCCAGCUUUCUGGUACAAUUCCGCUUUUACCCUGAGUUCACCCUCGCAAGCAACAGGCUAUCAUUCAUUCUCUAUAUGUCACUACCCAGAGACAUUUGAUUUGAGAUUCUCUCAAUUUUAUGCAAAUCAGGUAUGACUCACUAACCAAAAAUCAGCUCAAAUGAUUUCUCAGACCAACCCUACGGCACACGCGAUCUGACCUUUCUUCAGUUCCUCUCUCACAACUUUAGUUCCUACCUGUUAUUAGUUCCUGUUUGACGCAAAUGGAAGAAACACCUAUCACCUUGGUUUAAUAUUAUCCUGUCACACAGAACCUUUCAUUAGAGACAUUACGAAGAAAUAAAGCUUUUAAGGAAGUAUCAGAGAUCGUUGGUGACUCUGGCGAAUGUGCAUGUUGCUAGUACAUUUCGCUUGAUUUCUUAAUCUGCCAAUGCAACUUGUCGCUCGCAGAACACAAAGGUGCGUGUUUUUAAAACGUCAUUUCUGAAUUCAAACAUUCCCACCUCAGGUUAUCUUGUGUGAAAUACCAACAUGCCGUCUUCGGCUACACCGCGUAGUUUAGCUCAUGUUUAUAAAGGACAGGAUGUACCACUGUGCCGUAAACCACAUCACAGUCAAAGAUUUCAGAAUCAGUAGGCUUCGAUUUGAUUUGGGACACGGCCACACUACAGUGGACACUUCAGUGUAGGGCGUGUCAUUUUGAACACUGUAUGCAUCAAAAAAGAUCAAGAUUAUUAUUUGAAUGCAUUUAGGAACAAAAUAUUUUUAAAAAAUAAUAAUAAAAAAAACCUUUACGUGAUCGUUAUUCAAUGUUCACAAUAUUGUUACCAAGUUGUACAGAAGUGACAGUUCGGUCCUUCCUCCCCCUCCACCUUCCCUUUUUAACUUCAU